CCUUGAGCUAUCCUCAAAUUUUCUCUUCAUUCUUUUCUGAUUUCCUACUAGGUCAUCGAAUUACUGGGACGUUAGGCCCUUAAGUUAUUCUAUUAUUAAUGUCGGGCGACGUUCCUGCCAAACCUCGAGGAAUUCAGAGAGCACUCCUCAUUGCUGUGGAAAAGGUAUCGGGUUUCCCCGACCUCCCUCAAGCGCACACAGAUGUGGUGAAAAUGAGAGACUUCCUUGUGAACUUUCGUGGCUACCACCCGGAAAACAUCAUCAUUAUGAUGCAUCAUAAGAGUGUUUUGUCAACGUUAUAUCCCAGUAAAGCAAACAUGCUGCGCGAGAUUGACCUUAUGGUCAAACGCACGUCCCAAUAUGACCGAAUUUUCUUCUAUUACACCGGCCAUGGCGAUCAGGUGACUUGUAGACACAACUCUGAACCUGACAAAAAGGAUGAAGCCAUCCUUACCUACACGGGAAAGCGCAUCAUCGAUAAUAUCUUGAAAGAACACCUCGUUGAUCCAUUGCCUCAAGGCGCCAAACUUUUUGCGCUAUGGGAUUGUUGCCACUCACACACAGUGCUGGAUUUGGAGCAUUUCAAUUGCAACGGGUUAUGGCGAAGGCCCUUCAAAGCCCUGUCAGGUCUGGCAAGGAAAACCAUGAGCCUCGGAAAGAGACUUAGCUCCAGCAUUUCGAAGGAUAACUGGGAGGGCCGUUUCUCGUCAAAGGAUGAUUUUCAAUCAAAAUAUGUAUUACCGGAAAACGAUGGCGCGGAUCUCUGCAGAGUGACUUCUCCUGACUCAUACUUGUCUCCGUGUACAUUUUUUUGUCCUAUGACGCUCCCAGAGAACCAAGUCAAGGCCUCCGUCGUUUCACUCUCUGCAUGUAAGGAUAAUGAGUUGGCGUAUGACGACAACGUUACGGGUGAAACUGUGACGAAGUUCUUCAUUGAUUACCUUGGUGAGAUGCAUAUGCAGAGAAAGAGAACUAUAAAACUCAUCCUCGUUAGAACGGAAUCCUAGACCUUCUUAUCGCGAGCUACUUGCCUACAUACGGUGCGUGGCACUUUCCUGUUUUCAGCGAUGCGCUGAUGAGCAUGUCACAGGGAAAAAGUCAAUGAUAUCACUGUCAGACGCACACAGGCGACAAAACCAGCAGGCAAGACAGCUUACCAGCCGCAUCGUCUACAAAGACUGUCGGAAAAUGAAGUCGAAAUCGAGGAUUGGCGCAAAUGUGAUUCCCAUGACCACGGCGAUGACGGAAAUGACACUUCCACUUUGGACUCUCAGCAGCCUUCGGUGCGUUCGC